UCCGCAGGAAGAAGGAAGCGGCGCCACCGUCGCCUCCUGGCGCUCCCUCCCCUGCUCCUAGGCCCGCUGGCUGUCACCAUGUCCGCCUCGGCGGUCUUCAUUCUCGACGUCAAGGGCAAGCCCUUGAUCAGCCGCAACUACAAGGGCGAUGUGGCCAUGAGUGAGAUUGAGCACUUCAUGCCUCUGCUCGUGCAGCGGGAAGAGGAAGGCGCCCUGGCCCCCCUGCUGAGCCACGGCAAAGUCCACUUCCUGUGGAUCAAACACAGCAACCUCUACUUGGUGGCCACCACGCUGAAGAACGCCAACGCCUCGCUGGUGUACUCCUUUCUCUACAAGACGGUGGAGGUAUUCUGCGAAUACUUCAAGGAACUGGAGGAAGAGAGCAUCCGGGACAACUUUGUGAUCGUCUAUGAGCUGUUGGAUGAGCUCAUGGACUUCGGCUUCCCCCAGACCACCGACAGCAAGAUCCUGCAAGAGUACAUCACGCAGCAGGGCAACAAGCUGGAGACAGGCAAGUCGCGAGUGCCACCCACGGUCACGAACGCUGUGUCUUGGCGCUCCGAGGGCAUUAAGUACAAGAAGAACGAGGUCUUCAUCGAUGUCAUAGAGUCUGUCAACCUGCUGGUGAGCCCCCAUACCUGCACCCCACCCCCGCCACGCCACGGCCUGAGGGCAGGAGAGGGGGCUCUGUGCAUGUUAACCUCUCAUGUACACCCACCCACACAGGUCAAUGCCAAUGGCAGCGUCCUGCUGAGCGAGAUCGUGGGCACUAUCAAGCUCAAGGUGUUUCUGUCCGGAAUGCCCGAGCUACGGCUGGGCCUCAAUGACCGCGUGCUCUUCGAGCUCACUGGCCGCAGCAAGAACAAGUCGGUGGAGCUGGAGGAUGUUAAAUUCCACCAGUGCGUGCGGCUCUCACGCUUUGAUAAUGACCGCACCAUCUCCUUUAUCCCUCCUGAUGGUGACUUCGAGCUCAUGUCCUACCGCCUCAGCACGCAGGUCAAACCACUGAUCUGGAUUGAGUCUGUCAUUGAGAAGUUCUCGCACAGCCGCGUGGAAAUCAUGGUCAAGGCCAAGGGACAGUUUAAGAAGCAGUCAGUGGCCAAUGGCGUGGAGAUAUCUGUGCCUGUCCCCAGCGAUGCUGACUCCCCUCGCUUCAAGACCAGUGUGGGCAGUGCCAAGUAUGUGCCGGAGAAAAACGUCGUUAUUUGGAGUAUUAAAUCCUUCCCGGGGGGCAAGGAGUACCUGAUGCGAGCCCACUUUGGGCUCCCCAGCGUGGAGAAGGAGGAGGAGGAGGGCAGGCCCCCCAUCGGGGUCAAGUUUGAGAUUCCCUACUUCACCGUCUCUGGGAUCCAGGUCCGGUACAUGAAGAUCAUUGAGAAAAGCGGUUACCAGGCUCUGCCCUGGGUUCGCUACAUCACCCAGAGUGGAGAUUAUCAACUUCGUACCAGCUAGAAGCGAGAAGAGGUGGGGGCUUGAAUGUGGGGCCUCCUUCCACCAAGGCCCUGCUGCAGAUUGCAGAGAGGGAGAGAAGGUGGGGCGUGUGUGUGUCUGUGUGAGGGCAGGUCCCUGACUUAGCAGUUUCUUGCCCCCAGCACCUGCCCCCUUCUCGAGUCUUCCUUUAUCUGUAGCCUGGGAGGGAUGGUCUCUCUGUCUCCCUCCUCUCUGAUUUUAUAUGAAGAAAUCCAAGAGGGGCUUGAAGUCCCCCUCAUGAGUGCCUUCUUACAAUGACCUGCCUUAAGGGGUGUCGAGGGUCCCUCCUCCUUCACAGCUGCUGAGCCCAGAGGGCCCUGUUGGCCCACUCCUCUGAGUUUUAGGAUGUCAUUAAAAAGAUGAAUUACCUGCCA